GCCUGGUGCAGAAGCGGCUUCUGGAUAUCCCGUUGCUGGGACUUGCUGAGUGAGGACACCUGUGCGUUCUGCCAGGAUCUUCUCUUGGAACUGCAGCCACCGGCCUUGCUACUUCUUAUCUCUGGAAAUCUCCAGUUCCUCUGCUACAUUUCUCAGUCCUCAGAAUCUCCUCAGCGGCCUCAAGUACAGACAGUAUCUCUCUCCUGCCGGAUCAGUGUGGAGAUGCCACAAGACUUUAUUAUUUUUAUUUUCUUUUCCAUUCGGCCCUGGGACGGAGGGCUGAGUGAAACUUUCUUCUCUCACACCCCAGUGCCCUGAGGUCCUCGGUCUCUAAGGCCCGCAGUCCCCUUCUGCCCCUGCCCCGUUCAGGGAACUUUCCUGAUCCCCUCUGCCUGCUCCUUUUGAUGGCUCCCCAAAGACAACUCUUUAAAUCUUCUGAUACAUACCCCUGAAUUGAUGUGUAUCUUAGCACAAUGUAUCAUUGCUUUGUGUGUAUACACUAUUUUUUAACUAUAUUACCUGGAGCAAGCUACAACUAUAUUCCACUAAUUCUGGACAAGUAUGGAUUUCAACAAUUGUCUUUUUGAAAUUGGUGAGAAUCUGACCAGUGAAGAGGUGGCCUCCCUCAAGUUCCUAAGCCUGGAUUACAUACCACAAAAGAAGCAGGAACCUAUCAAAGAUGCCUUAAUGUUAUUCCAGAGACUCCAGGACAAGAGAAUGGUAGAGGAAAACAACUUGUCCUUCUUGAAGGAGCUUCUAUUUCGACUUGGUAGACUGGAUCUCCUGGAAAAGCACUUGAACACCAGCGAAGAAGAGAUGGAGAAGGAGCUUCAGAUACCGAGCAAGGCUCAGAUCUCUGCAUAUAGGGUCAUGCUAUUCCAGAUUUCAGAAGAUGUCGUUGCAUCGGAAUUACAGUCCUUUAAGUUUUUUUUGAACAAGGAGAUCGCCAAAUGUAGACUGGAUGACAACAUGGGCUUGCUUGAUAUUUUCAUAGAGAUGGAGAAGAGGGUCCUCCUUGGGGAAAAAAAUUUGGACACCCUAAAACGAAUCUGUCACCAAGUCAACAAGAGCCUGCUGAAGAAAAUCAAUGAUUAUGAAGAAUUAAGCAGAGAUACGUCUCCACCAUUUGUAAACGAGGUGUCAUUUAGGAUGCUGUCGGUGUCGGACAAUUCAAGAGAACAGGACUGCGAAUCUUCAAAACAGGACAGUGGGUCACAACAGACAUUGGACAAAAUUUACCGAAUGACCAGCGAACCGCGGGGGUACUGUGUCAUCUUUAACAAUUAUGACUUUAGCCUAGCAAGGAAGACUGUGCCCAAGCUUCACAACAUGAAGGAUAGAAACGGAACAGACUUGGAUGCAGAGGCUUUGCGUGCCACCUUUAGUAUGCUCCAUUUUGAGAUAGUGCAGUACAAAGACUUCACAGCGAAGAAAAUCUGUGAGGCUCUGGAAGUCUACCAAAGCAAGGACCACAAUAACAAAGACUGCUUCAUCUGCUGCAUCCUUUCCCAUGGAGACAAGGGCAUCAUCUACGGCUCUGAUGGGCAGGAAGCCCCCAUCCACGAGCUGACUUCUUACUUCACUAGUUCAAAGUGCCCUUCCCUUGCAGGCAAACCGAAAAUCUUUUUCAUUCAGGCUUGUCAAGGGGAUAACUACCAGAGAGGUAUAGCUGUAGAGACUGACUCAGAAGAAAAGGAAGACUAUUUAGAAAUGGACUUAACACUUCAGAAGAGAUAUAUUCCAGAUGAGGCUGACUUUCUGCUGGGAAUGGCCACUGUGAACAAUUGUGUUUCCUACCGAAACCCAAUGGAGGGGACCUGGUAUAUCCAGUCACUUUGCCAGAGUCUGAGAGAAAGAUGUCCCAGGGGUGAUGAUAUUCUCACCAUCCUCACAGAGGUGAACUUUGAAGUGAGCAAUAAAGAUGACAAGAAAAAUAUGGGAAAGCAGAUGCCUCAACCCACUUUCACUCUGACAAAAAAACUCUUCUUCCCUCUUAAUUGAUGUAUAACACUAUGCUUAAUAUUUUAUUAAAAUGCUGCUGUUAUGCGUCUACUUUAUCUAUUGUUUACUUGCAUAACACUAUGCUUAAUUUAAACUAAUAUUACAAUCCCUUGUCCCAACUCUUUGAUGGCAGGAAGGGGAGAGAAUGGGAGUAAAGACAAUUUAAUUUGUAUGCAAAUCAAGCCCAAAUAUCUGGCUUUGUAACACUAGCUAGAUAUUUAUAGCCACAGUCAUAAUUUUAGUUGUACUUUUAAUUUGAUAAAAAAACUAUAGUAGAUACAAAAAGUAUAUAGUAAGUUUAAAAGGAGAGUAACAUCAUAUAUAAUGGUUCAAAAACAGUGACAGAUGUAUUUCACGUCUCUCAUCUGCUUUCAACCCAUAAUCAUUCAAUUAAUUCCCUUCAAAUUGUUAAUUAUUUUUUGUUUUGUUCUUUACUUUCAGUCCCUCUCUUUCCAAGCCAUCCUUCACACUACUUUACAAGUUCAAGAAAAAAAGACUUUUCCUUUUUAUUCAUCAUGGUUUUUGGCUUAUCUGUUAAUUAAAUUGGCAUAAGAUAAAUUAACAGAAGAAAAAUUAAGUUAACUUUCAUACAUAUAGGAUAGCAGAGAAAUCUGAGACACAAAGAAAUGAUUAAAUCAGGCAGAUUUUAUUUUUAGACAGUGUAACAAUAAAUUUGUGAAGAAUUUACAAGACAAAGAAAUUUGGCUUCCAAUAGUAAAUUAGAAAAGAAGCAGCAAGUUUUGUUUACAAAGCCUUCCCCAUAUUCCUUAUCUCUGGCAAUACAGUGGCUUUUGCCCUGUUGGCACAGGGAGGGUGCUUUUCACGAGGAAGAUUUAUUUUCAGCUUUCAGAGGAAUAAAACAGGAUUAGAGUGUCCAUCUUGCACUAACUUUCUCAAGUAACUUUAAUUUAAAAUAAUCAAUAUUCCCUGAACCCCACUGAAAGUUGCUUUAAAAUACAAAUUGAAGAUUAUUUCUUACAUUAAAAGCUUUAAUGUAAGAAAUUCUUAAUUAAAAUAAAAAUGUUUUUACAAAUUUACUAUAAUCUUUUUCCAAACUCCCUUUUCAGCCUUUUCUCUUAUUGCUCUUGUAAUAUAUGCAUGUUUCUGUAAUGUUUGAUUUUCUUUUUUGCUAGUAAUGCUGUCCUUCUUCCGAGCUUUUAAAUUUGUAAUUUAUAUCUUUAGUUUACUUGAAAUCUUUUUAAUAAAAUAUAAUUUAAUCUUA